AUGGGUACCUUUUUCUCUAAACGUCAAAGUGUAGAAUUUGCCUUGAUCCCGUCAGAAGAAAUAAGCGGCCCAUUGGGUCUAGGUGACCCUGAAAGUAAAGAAAUCACGAAGGUCGAAGAGGAGAGCAUUAUACCGGCGCUUAUGCAAGACAGAUUGAGAACGAAACAAUGCGCGAAGCUUUGGGACGGCUUUAGAGUGCAACAAAAGAUAACCCUCAGUUUUUCGAAGAAAUGA